AUGAAGGCAUUUCUUGGUCUCUUCCUUCUCCUGGCCUUGAUGACUUGCCAUUCAAAUGCGACAUACUGUCUGUGUAAAGAUGGGGUAGGGGACAAACAGCUUCAAGCAGACUUGGACUACGCAUGCGGAGCAUUGGCAGACUGUUCAGCCAUCCAACCAAACGGCGCCUGUUACCAACCCAACACUCUUAAGAGCCACUGCGAUUAUGCUGUCAACAGUUAUUUCCAAAACGCUGCUCAGGCAGCUGGAAGCUGUCACUUCUCCGGCAGUGCCGCUACCAGUGAGAAACCUCCUCCAAAUGUGGUUGCUGGUUGCGUCUAUCCUUCAAGCCCCAGCGAUGCAAAGGCACCACCAACAGGAGGAUCAGGAGGAGGAAGAGGAGGGUUUCCUGGAACUACGCCAAGUGGAACACCGGUCGGAAACACUCCCUACGGCGGCGGAACACCGGUCGGAAAUACUCCCUACGGCGGUGGAACACCGGUCGGAAACACUCCCUAUGGCGGCGGAACUCCGGUCGGAAACACUCCCUACGGAGGCGGAACUCCGUUCGGAAACACUCCCUAUGGAGGCGGAACUCCGGGAGGUGGAAUGGUGUUCGGAAAAGAUGAUCCAGAUGAUGAUGAUGAUGAAGGGGGUGCCGCAAGUUUGCACGUCUCCUCUGCACUCGCCGCCAUCGGGUUCUCUGCCCUGGUGUUUCUGUGGAGCCAUUGAAACAUGGGCUAUGCUUUGUUUGACGACAGAGACUAGAAAUAUAUAUAAAGGCCCUCUUUUUUUUUUUUUAAUGUAAAC